AUGGCUGCUGCUUUGGAGAACAUGCCUGGGCCCGAGGCCAUACCCGGCACCGUCCACCUUGUAGACUUGGAUCAUUCCAUGCGAGCACGCCAUGCUGGCGGCCACGCGGAUAUUGUUCUCGACCCGGCCCCUUCCAAUGACCCCAAUGAUCCCCUCAACUGGUCUCCCCGCCGCAAGCUUCUCAACCUGAUCUGCCAGAACUUAUACACUUGGUUUGUGGGCAUCUCAGUUUCCACGGUAUACUCCGUCAUUGUUCCGCUGUCCAAGGCGUCCGGAGUCUCGAUCGGCACGCUCAAUGAGGGCACCGGUUUCAUGUUCCUCUUCCUGGGAUGGGGACUUCUCUUCUGGCAGCCCUUCUCGCAGCGAUACGGCAAGCGUUUGGCAUACAUCAUCUCUACUGUGGGAGGAAUUGGAGUGAGCGUGUGGAGCGCGUACGUCAAGAGCAACGGAGAAUGGAUUGCAAAAUGUAUCAUACAGGGGUUCCUUCUGGCGCCCAUCGAAGCCCUUCCAGAGAUCUCCAUCACCGACAUAUAUUUCACCCACGAGCGUGGCACUUACAUGGGCUUGUACACUCUAUCCCUCUUGGGUAGCAACUACUUUGCACCCAUCAUCUGCGGCUUCAUCGCCCAGUACCAGGGAUGGCAGUGGGUCUUCUACUGGCCAGCCAUCUUUCUCGGCGGCACCUUGCUCAUCCUGCUAUUCUUUAUGGAGGAAACCAAUUACAACAGGAAGGCACCGUCAGCAGCAUCCGACACUGAGACCAAAAUGGCUCCUGGUGGAUCAUCUGCUGACGAAAAAGCCACCAACGCCGAGCAUUCGGAGACCGCACCGCGUUUGGCCGAGACCAGCGAGGAAUACCCACCAGCGCGGACAUUCUUCCAAAAGAUGUCACUUUGGCAGCCGUCGCCAGGCCAGAAUGUAUUCCGGCGAGCCCUACGCAGCUUGCAAUUCCUUAGCUGGCCGGUCAUUUUUUACGCGGGCUUCUCUUACGGCUCCUACAUCAUCUGGUUUAACGUGCUCAACGCCACAGCCUCCAUCGUGCUGUCUAGAGAGCCUUACAACUUCUCACCCUCCAUGGUCGGCCUCAGCUACGUCGCCUGCUGUGUGGGCACUGUCGUCGGCUCGCUCUUCUCCGGCCGGUUCAGCGACUGGCUCACCAUUAAGCUGGCGCGCCGCAAUAGCGGUAUCAUGGAGGCCGAGCAUCGCCUGUGGCCAUUUGUCGUCUGCGUCUUCGUGGUGCCGGGUGCGCUGAUCUUGUGGGGCGUUGGGGCGUCCCGGGGCGUGCACUGGUUCGGCCUCACGUUCGCCAUGGGUUGUGUCGCGUUCGCCUUUGCCGUCGGCGUCACGCUGAGUAUCAACUACCUGAUUGACAGCUACCACGACAUCCGAGCCGAUGCGCUCGUCACCGUCAUUCUUGUGCGCAAUACUAUGUCUUUUGCUAUGGGCUACGGGCGGCCUUACAUCAAAAGCGAGGCUUCGCACCAAGACAGGGUGCCUCCCAUGUCCGUAGAACAUCCCCUUACUCAUCCUCCGCCCGCCGUCUCUAACCUUGCAUUCUCAGGUCGGCGGCGCCACAAGAAAUGUGACGAGAAGGUGCCCGAAUGCGGAUAUUGCGCCCGCGCCGGCCGUGAAUGCAUGUGGCCGUCGUCGGCGGACCUACUGGACCGGCGCUUCGCCUCGCACGAGCGUUCGCGACACCAGAUCAAGAAGGCCUCCUCGAAGCACCUCGCGACCCGUAGCGUCGCCGGGGGCGGCCACCCACUUUCGGUACCGCUUGAGCUGCGCCUGCUUACCGAAGCCGGCGCGGCGCACGGCGUCAUCUCGCGCGACUUGGAGAUGGUCAUCUCGCGGCACUUCAUCGAGCGCUACUACGGGCUGUUGCUGUUACCCAACGGGCACCCGGGUUUCUACAACGGGUGGAUCAUCGAGAUCCAGGAACUGAUGACGCGCCACAAGAGCCUGUAUUACUCGCUGUUGGCCAACGCAGCAUCGCACAUCCACUUCAUCGACACGUCAUCCACCAUGCAGGAGCUUGCUCUAACGUACUACUCCAACUCGCUCAAGGACCUGUCACGCCUGCUAGAGACGGCGGGGCACGAGCUGCAAAACCACAAUGGCAUAUUGAUGUCAGUGAUGCUACUGUACCUCCACGGCUGUAUGGGCAGAGGCACCUACAGUGAUAUCCCGCGACACGUCAACGCCGCCACGCGCAUCCUGACCAUGCGCCUCCUCGAGGGCCAGAUCCAGAUCAAGCGCCUCUUCGACAGGCUGGCCAUCGAGAGCCUCCUCUACCAAAUCUUCUUGGCGACAACCGGGCUGUGGUUGGACCCCGUAGGCCUUGACUAUGAGUUCAAUGCCGAGUUCUGGUUCCGCGCCGAGGACCUGCUCGAGCGCUCUACGUUCUUCCCGGACCAGCCGCGCAGUGUCAACAGCCCCGUGCUCGGCGUACCCGUGUCGCUAUUCCGGCUCACCCUUUCCCUUAAGCAGCAACUUCAAUGUCCCUUCCGACGUGACCAGGACACCAUUGACCAGUUGCGCGGCGAGGUUGAGAUGUGGGAGGCAGCGCUCCUCUGCAAUCGCGAGCUGGACGUCGAGCUAUUCCCAGGUGAUGCCGUCAAGAACCGCCAGCAGAGCUACUACCGCGACGCGCUUUACCUUUUCGCCGUCAUUGCGUCGGUCAUGUUCGAGCAGCUUUCACUGGAGGUUGAUGUUGCCGACGGUCUGCCCAUGGCCAUGCCGAGCGAUUGCUGGCAGGUGGCCAAGGCGGUGCAGAUCCUGGAGGCACGCCGCAACGACGACGGAUGGGCCAGUUGCUACAUGGGGAACUGGCCUACGUACACGUUGGGCUUCUUUAUGAGUUCUGCGGAGCAUAUUGACUUGAUCCGGUCCGAGCUGCAGCGGCGCUGGGAUCUGGUCAAGUUCUCGCAGGUCGCGCGUUUCAGGAAUGACUUGGAACAGACUUGGGCAGCACGGGAGCGCGUAAAAGUAAGUGCUGGCCUCCAUAACAGUCUAGCAUUCCGGCACGAGAAGGUGCCCGUCGACGGCAGGAUUUAUACCGUGUAA